CAGUAUAGUUUUCGUUUCUCUUCUCAGCGCGGCAGGUCUUCUCUCGGCCAUGCCUGAGCCAGCCAAGUCCGCCCCGGCCCCGAAGAAGGGCUCGAAGAAGGCGGUGACCAAGGCGCAGAAGAAGGACGGCAAGAAGCGCAAGCGCAGCCGCAAGGAGAGCUACUCGGUGUACGUGUACAAGGUGCUGAAGCAGGUGCACCCCGACACCGGCAUCUCGUCCAAGGCCAUGGGCAUCAUGAACUCGUUCGUGAACGACAUCUUCGAGCGCAUCGCGGGCGAGGCGUCGCGCCUGGCGCAUUACAACAAGCGCUCGACCAUCACGUCCCGGGAGAUCCAGACGGCCGUGCGCCUGCUGCUGCCCGGGGAGCUGGCCAAGCACGCCGUGUCCGAGGGCACCAAGGCCGUCACCAAGUACACCAGCGCGAAGUAAAGUUGCCAAGUAAGAAUAUUUAACCCAAAGGCUCUUUUAAGAGCCACUAACCUGUCAAUAUCAGAGCUGUAACUACAUGUUUAGAAUCUAGGCUCCAGUUCAGGCGGUUUCUUUGAGGCAACCAUGAGGAUUCCAUUGCAGUGAG